CCGAAUUACAUUUGCCGUUACCAUGUCCUUCGAGCCGAAACCACUCGUGCCUCGCUCUUCAGCAGCCCAAACAUGGAACAGAGGUUUCAGAAAGAAUCCGCUGGUGUUUGGGAUCCCUUUCGUGCUCACACUUGUCAUCGCUUCUUUUGGACUCUCCACGUUGACACGAACUCGUUACGAUUUGCAUGACAAUAAAGUUAAAGAGGUAUCUAAGGAGGAAGAGAUCAGACUUAAGAAAGAUCGAAGGAAACUUGACAUCCGUGAGGAGUACUUCCGUCUGCAAGCUGAUGGAGGGAAGCAUGCUGCAAGAGAUGACUGGGAGCAAGUACGUGUACCUCGGCCUGAAGGGACGCCCGAAUGGGGAGUCCCUCCCUCUUCCACACGAUAAUUGCGCGGAACCUCGACCAUACCACCUCGGACUCAGCUCUCGUGCACCACGUUUAGGUUCCUUUCCGUCCAUACGAAUAUGGGCUUGUAUAAAAAUUCAUUAUAUUAUGCAGUAACGCCAUAGUCUUCCAAACUUCCCUGACGCCCUUCCACCGGCUUUUUGAUAUGGCUUUCUUUCCGCGCUUUUGGGAUUGACGUGCCAGAUGAUUUCUCAUAAGAACCUCUGCUCGCAUACAAUACUUCGGAUUCCCCGAGGAUUGGGGGCUGGGGUGGUGUCUUCAGAUUAGAAUCUAACAACUCUGCCAGUAAUUCAGGGCUAUGCGUCGACGUGAAUGAAGGAGGGAACGAGAAUGUUGGGAGUUGAGUUAGAUGAGAAGGAUGUCGGGUAAGAUAGAGACGAUUCAAGGAGUCCUCCGCGGCC